GAUCUAUCGCUGUCGUCCGAACGAUAUCCGUCAAACCGGGAGAAGCGCUACUCAGCAUUUUGUGUGAGGGUGUGUGCCUGUGAAGCACAUCUAUCUCAGAGGAAGUAAUGAACCUUUCAUUCUGUGGCGACGACAGCCCUUCUGCCUAUAACAUCAGCGCAGGCUUCUUAAGUAAUGUCUGCUUCCUGGAUGCCCUCAAUUUGGUUCCUCACGUUUUCCUCUUAUUUAUCACUUUCCCCAUAUUGUUCAUUGGAUGGGGAAGCCAAAGCUCUAAGGUUCAGAUCCAUCACAACACAUGGCUACACUUCCCUGGACACAAUCUACGAUGGAUCCUGACGUUCACCCUCUUGUUUGUGCAUGUCUGUGAAAUAGGAGAGGGCAUCGUUUCAGAUACACAGUUAAAUACUCGCCAUCUGCAUCUCUUCCUUCCUGCUAUAAUGGGAUUUGUAGCUGCAACAACAUCUAUAGUGUAUUACCACAAUAUUGAGACAUCAAAUUUUCCAAAACUACUUCUAGCUCUCUUUCUGUACUGGAUCAUGGCCUUUGUCACCAAAACCAUCAAGCUGGUCAGAUAUUGCGAAAAAGGGAUCUAUUUUGGUCAGCUGCGUUUCUGCAUCACCGGAAUUAUGGUUGUGCUCUACGGGCUGUUAAUGGCAGUCGAGAUCAAUGUCAUACGUGUGAGGAGAUAUGUAUUCUUCCCGAACCCACAAAAGGUAAAGCCUCCGGAAGAUCUUCAGGAUCUGGGCGUGAGGUUCCUCCAGCCCUUUGUCAACUUGCUGUCCAAGGCAACGUAUUGGUGGAUGAACACACUCAUCAUAACGGCCCACAGGAAGCCAAUUGACCUGAAGGCGAUUGGGAAACUACCAAUAGCAAUGCGAGCACUUACAAACUACGUCUGCUUGAAAGAUGCUUACGAGGAGCAAAAGAAAAAAGUGGCUGACCAUCCGAAUCGCGUCCCCUCCAUCUGGCUAGCUAUGUAUCGGGCUUUUGGGCGGCCGAUCCUUCUCAGCAGCACGUUCCGUUAUUUAGCUGACCUUUUGGGGUUUGCUGGACCACUCUGCAUUUCUGGCAUCGUUCAUAGUUUCUCCAGUGACACCUCAAACAAUGAGACCUUAUUCAACAACACCUCAUUCAUUGACACCUCAGACAAUGAGACCUUACUCAGCGACACCUCAUUCAAUGCCACCAAGACCUCUAGUGUUUCUAUAGAGCCAUUCCUCACUUCAAGCGAUUUCCUCAAAACCAAUUAUGUCUUGGCCGUCCUCCUCUUCCUCGCCCUCAUCUUGCAAAGGACAUUUCUCCAGGCCUCCUACUACGUUACCAUAGAAACAGGCAUCAAUCUACGCGGGGCUUUACUGGCGAUGAUCUAUAACAAGAUCCUGCGACUUUCCACAUCCAACUUGUCUAUGGGAGAGAUGACCCUGGGGCAGAUCAAUAACUUGGUUGCCAUAGAAACAAAUCAACUCAUGUGGUUCUUGUUCCUGUGUCCCAACCUAUGGGCUAUGCCCGUUCAGAUCAUCAUGGGUGUGAUCUUACUCUACUACUUACUAGGGUACAGUGCCUUGGUUGGCGCGGCUGUCAUUGUACUGCUGGCUCCGAUACAAUAUUUCAUAGCGACAAAGCUGGCUGAGGCUCAGAAAAGCACCCUUGACUAUUCUACAGAGCGGCUGAAGAAAACCAAUGAGAUACUCAAAGGCAUCAAACUGUUAAAGCUGUAUGCUUGGGAAUACAUAUUCUGCAGAAGCGUGGAGGAUACAAGAAUGAAGGAGCUUACAAGCCUCAAAACCUUCGCUCUUUACACAUCUCUCUCUAUUUUUAUGAAUGCAGCUAUACCCAUUGCAGCUGUUCUUGCGACCUUUGUGACCUACACGUAUGCUGUAGAUAAACUAACUACAGCCCAAGCCUUUGCAUCGCUGUCGCUAUUUCACAUUCUGGUCACUCCACUGUUCCUGCUCUCUACUGUCGUUAGAUUUGCUGUCAAAGCCAUCAUUAGUGUGCAAAAAUUGAAUGAGUUUCUCAUAAGUGACGAGAUUGGGGACGACAGCUGGAGGAACGGUGACAGCGCCUUAGCAUACGAGUCUUGCAAGAAGCACACUGGAUUUCACCCCAAAGCCAUAAAUCGGAAGCAGCCCUUGAGACAGCAACUGGACAGCUAUGAGCACCAACUAAGGAUACCAACUCGUCAUAUAGACAUAGAUGACUGUGCGAUCAAGGUAACCAAUGGAUACUUCUCAUGGGGAAGUGGUUUAGCCACUUUAUCCAACAUUGAUAUCAGAAUCCCAACAAGCCAAAUGACCAUGAUUGUGGGCCAGGUUGGUUGUGGCAAAUCAUCUCUUCUUCUUGCUAUCCUUGGCGAGAUGCAAACCUUGGAAGGCAAAGUUCGUUGGAGCCGCGUAAAUGAAACUGAGCCUUCUGUUGAAGCAAAUCGGAGGAACCAAUACUCCGUGGCGUAUGCAGCCCAGAAGCCCUGGCUCCUGAAUGCUACUGUGGAGGAAAACAUUACCUUUGGGAGCCCAUUUAAUAAACAGAGGUACAAAGCCGUCACAGACGCUUGCUCUCUGCAGCCGGACAUUGACCUGCUGCCGUUUGGAGAUCAGACGGAAAUUGGAGAAAGGGGAAUUAACUUAAGCGGAGGCCAACGGCAACGCAUCUGUGUCGCUCGAGCACUCUACCAGAACACCAACAUCGUCUUCCUGGAUGACCCAUUUUCUGCCUUGGAUAUUCACCUGAGUGAUCACCUGAUGCAAGAAGGUAUCCUGAAAUUCCUUAAGGAUGACAAAAGGACACUUGUGUUAGUGACUCAUAAAUUGCAGUACCUGCCACAUGCUGACUGGAUCAUUGCCAUGAAAGAUGGGACUGUGCUUAGAGAAGGGACAUUGAAAGACAUACAAACGAAAGACGUUGAACUGUAUGAACACUGGAAAACUCUGAUGAAUCGCCAAGAUCAGGAAUUAGAAAAGGAUUUGGAAGCUGACCAAACCACUCUGGAAAGGAAGACUCUCCGGAGAGCCAUGUACCCAAGAGAAUCAAAAGCACAGCUAGAAGAUGAGGAUGAAGAGGAAGAAGAGGAGGAGGAGGAAGAUGACAACAUGUCGACGGUGAUGCGCCUCAGGACGAAGAUGCCGUGGAAAACCUGCUGGCUGUACCUGACCUCGGGAGGGUUCCUCUUACUCUUCCUGAUGAUCUUCUCCAAACUCUUGAAGCACUCCGUCAUCGUUGCAAUUGAUUACUGGCUGGCUCAGUGGACGUCAAAGAACGGAACUCAGGGCUUUUGUCUCACACAGGCUUGCAACGUAGCAGUGUUCACCGCCCUUAGCGGUGCAGGAAUUGUCCUUUGCCUUGUCACAUCUUUGACGGUGGAAUGGAUGGGCCUCACGGCAGCUAAGAACCUUCAUCAUGAUCUCCUCAACAAGAUCAUCCUUGGACCAAUCAGAUUCUUUGACACAACACCCUUGGGGCUGAUUCUUAACCGGUUUUCUGCCGAUACGAAUAUUAUUGAUCAGCACAUUCCACCAACCCUGGAGUCCCUGUCACGAUCCACCUUACUCUGCCUGUCUGCGAUCGGGAUGAUUUCAUACACCACUCCGGUGUUCAUGGUUGCUCUCGUGCCUCUUGGGAUAGCCUUCUACUUCAUCCAGAAAUACUUCCGAGUUGCAUCCAAGGACCUUCAGGAGCUUGAUGAUAGCACACAGCUACCUCUCCUCUGCCACUUUUCAGAGACAGCGGAAGGCCUCACCACCAUCAGAGCGUUCAGGCAUGAACCCAGAUUUAAACAGCGUAUGCUGGAACUGACGGACACUAACAACAUUGCAUACUUGUUUCUGUCAGCUGCCAACAGAUGGCUGGAGGUUAGGACGGAUUAUCUGGGUGCUUUCAUUGUUCUCACUGCAGCCGUGGCCUCCAUUUCUCGAGGUCCUACCGCCGGCCUCGUUGGACUGGGUCUCCUCUAUGCAUUGACGAUCACAAAUUAUUUGAACUGGGUGGUGAGGAAUCUGGCUGACCUGGAAGUGCAAAUUGGUGCCGUGAAGAAAGUGAACAGUUUUCUCAACAUGGAGUCGGAGAACUAUGACGGCACCUUGGAUGUUUCUCAAGUCCCCAAGGACUGGCCGCAAGAAGGGGAAAUCAAGAUUGAAAACCUGUGUGUCCGAUACGAAAACAAUCUGAAGCCGGUUCUCAAGCAUGUCAAAGCUUACAUCAAACCGGGCCAGAAGGUUGGGAUCUGUGGUCGCACUGGAAGUGGAAAAUCAUCACUGUCCUUGGCUUUCUUCAGAAUGGUAGACAUAUUUGACGGGAGGAUUAUUAUCGAUGGGAUUGACAUUUCAAAGCUGCCCCUCGAUAUGCUGCGUUCCAGGCUGUCCAUAAUCCUCCAGGAUCCCAUAUUGUUCAGUGGUUCCAUUCGCUUUAAUCUGGAUCCUGAAUGCAAAUGUACAGAUGAUAUACUUUGGGAAGCUCUGGAGAUCGCCCAGUUGAAGAACAUGGUCAAGUCUUUGCCGGGGGGCCUAGAUGCUGUAGUAACAGAAGGGGGUGAAAACUUUAGCGUGGGCCAGAGGCAGCUCUUCUGCCUGGCCAGAGCCUUUGUACGCAAGAGCAGCAUCCUCAUCAUGGACGAAGCUACAGCCUCCAUCGAUAUGGCCACAGAAAACAUUUUGCAGAAGGUUGUGAUGACCGCCUUUGCAGAUCGCACGGUGGUAAUAAUAGCUCACCGGGUCCACACCAUCCUGACUGCAGACCUGGUCAUCGUGAUGAAAAGAGGGAUCAUUUUGGAAAAUGACACACCUGAGAACCUCCUGGCUCAAGAAGAUAGCAUCUUUGCAUCUUUUGUUCGGGCUGACAUGUGAAAGAGCCACUAAAUUGCAUGUUAUUGGCUUCGUUAAUGCCUGAUUUUUUCCCCAGGAAAUGUGGGGAGGGGAAAUCUUUUCUAUAUACUGUAGCAUCACUGAAAAUUUUGCCGAGAAUUUUUGCAUUUGUAACUUUUAUAAAAUUGAAACUUAUUAUGUAUGCUUCAAAGCAAUAAAUUCUU